AUGGAAGAGAACAAUACCUUUCAUGCUUCAGAUUCAGUUGAUAAAUCUAGGAUUGUAGAAGUGAAACCUUUGCGUAGUUUAGCUCCUGUAUUGCCGAAAAAUAUUCAAUCUUGUUUUCCUGCCAAAUAUCCAUCUGUGUUUCCUCCAUUUUAUUCAUUUCAGAAACCCCAAGAAAUUCCUCUUCCAAAAGGAGCUGAACAAGUUCCUGUGUCUGUGAAAGAAACGACUCGAGAAACUCCUGUUGCUGCUAAAGUGACUCCAAUAAGGUUCUACAAGAGUUCGCUUGACGAAGAACUGAAUCCGCAAGGGGACGGGGGUGGUAAUUCGUUUUCAGAAGGGUUGAACGGUGACGAAUGUGUUGAUGGUACACGGAAGCGAGGUACAGAGAAUAUACAGAAUUGUAAAGAGUUUCUUAAAAGGAAGAAGAAUAAGAAAACUCGGGAGGCGGCCGGUGAUGGUCAAAGUUCUAAUGUUGGUGUUAACCCAUCUCGAAAUGACGACGGUGAUUGUGAAUCUGUUAAUCAUGUGCUCAUGACAUUUGAUUCGAUUCGAAGAAGGCUAUGCCAGCUUGAAGAUUCGAAGGAACUGACCAGUUCGCUUGCUAUCAAGCGUGCGGAUCUCAGAGCAAGCAAUGCUUUGACAUGUAAAGGGGUUAAAACGAAUUUGAGGAGAAGAGCAGGAGUGGUGCCUGGGAUUGAGGUUGGCGAUAUUUUCUUUUUUCGAAUGGAAAUGUGUCUUGUGGGUUUACACGGUCAAUCGAUGGGUGGAAUUGAUUACAUGAACAUCAAGGACGGGUCUAAGGAGGAUACUGUGGCAUUAAGUGUUGUUUCGUCAGGAGUAUAUGGUGAUGAUACAGAGGAUAAUGAUGUUUUAGUUUAUAGCGGUCAAGGUGAGAAUUUCAAUAAGAAAGAUAAGCAUGUGACUGAUCAGAAGCUCCAAAGGGGUAAUCUUGCUUUGGACAGAAGUGCGCAACGGCACGACGUAGUUAGAGUCAUACGGGGAUUGAGAGAUGCUACAACUAAAAGUGCGAAAAUCUAUAUGUAUGAUGGUUUGUAUAAAAUCCAAGAUUCUUGGAUUGAAAAAGGGAAGUCUGGUGGGGGUAUAUUUAAGUAUAAGUUGGUAAGGUUGCCUGGACAAAAAAGUGCUUUUGCUACUUGGAAAUUGGCUCAAAAGUGGAAAGCAAGUUCUGCCUCAAGGAAUGGUUUUAUACUUGCUGACCUCUCCAAUGGAGUUGAAAGUAUUCCAGUAUCACUUGUUAAUGAUGUUGAUGAUGAAAAAGGUCCUGCCUUUUUCACUUAUUUCACGUCUCUCAAGAAACCGAAGCCUUUUGGUUUAGUGCAGCCUUCGUUUGGCUGCAAUUGUAACAAAGCAUGCAUCCCUGGUGAUUUGAACUGUUCUUGCAUUCAAAGAAACGAAGGUGAUUUUCCGUAUACUGCAAAUAGUAUUCUAGUGAGUCGGAAGCCGCUGAUUCAUGAAUGUGGCCCUAUGUGUCGGUGCCAUCCUAACUGCAAAAAUCGAGUAUCGCAGACUGGUUUAAAGCAACAGAUGGAAGUUUUCAAAACAAAGGAUAGGGGUUGGGGGCUUCGGACACUGGAUCCUAUUCGUGCUGGUAGCUUUAUUUGCGAGUAUGCAGGAGAAGUUAUUGACAGAGCUAAGGUAUGUCAGAAUGGUGAAGGAGAUGAUGACGAAUAUAUUUUCGACACAAGCCGUAUUUAUCAACCAUUCAAGUGGAAUCAUGAACCUGGCUUACUGGAAGUAAGUUCAAAUGUUUCGAGUGAAGAUUAUACUAUACCAUCUCCUCUCAUUAUAAGUGCCAAAAAUGUGGGAAAUGUGGGUAGAUUCAUGAACCAUAGUUGCUCCCCCAAUGUGUUUUGGCAGCCGGUCCUAUAUGCGGAAAACAAUCAAUCCUUUCUCCACAUUGCAUUUUUCGCCCUUAAACAUAUUCCUCCUAUGGCAGAGUUAACAUAUGAUUAUGGAUUUGUCCCUGCUGGUCAUGCGGAGGGUGGUAGUGCACAAAGAAGGAAAAAGAAAUGCUUGUGUGGAUCAGCAAAGUGCCGUGGUUUCUUUGGCUGA